AUGAAAGUGUGCACAGGCAUAUGGACAGCAGGCACCAACUCCCGGUCCAGUCCAAACACAGGCACAUGGACAACAGGCACCACCUCCCAGUCCAGGCCAAACACAGGCACAUGGCCAGCAGGCACCGCCUCCCAGUCCAGCACAAACACAGGCCCAUGGCCAGCAGGCACCACCUCCCAGUCCAGCCCAAACACAGGCUCAUGGCCAGCAGGCACCGCCUCCCAGUCCAGCACAAACACAGGCACAUGGUCAGCUGGCACCGCCUCCCAUUCCAGACCAAACACAUGCACAUGGCCAGCAGGCACCACCUCCCCAGUCCAGCCCAAACACAGGCACAUGGUCAGCUGGCACCGCCUCCUAGUCCAGCCCAAACACAGCCACAUUGUCAGCAGGCACCACCUCCCAGUCCAGCCCAAACACAGGGACAUGGCCAACAGGCACCGCCUCCCAGUCCAACCCAAACACAGGUGCAUGGUCAGCAGGCACCGCCUCCCAGUCCAGCCCAAACACAGGCACAUGGACAGCAGACACCACCUCCCAGUCCAGCCCAAACACAGGCACAUGGUCAUCAGGCACCACCUCCCAGUCCAGCCCAAGCAUAGGCACAUGGCCAGAAGACACCGCCUCCCAGUCCAGCCCAAACACAGGCACAUGGUCAUCAGGCACCACCUCCCAGUCCAGCCCAAACACAGGCACAUGGCCAGCAGGCACCACCGCCCAGUCCAACCCAAACACAGGCUUAUGGACAACAGGCACCGCCUCCCAGUCCAGCCCAAACACAGGCACGUGGCCAACAGGCACCGCCUCCCAGUCCAACUAAAACACAGGCUUGUGGACAACAGGCACCACCUCCCCAGUCCAGCCCAAACACAGGCACAUGGCCAACAGGCACCGCCUCCCAGUCCAACUAAAACACAGGCUUGUGGACAACAGGCACCACCUCCCCAGUCCAGCACAAACACGGACACAUGGCCAACAGGCACCGCCUCCCAGUCCAACUAA